GUUAUUAUUUUAGUCAAUGUUGAAUAAUAAACAUAAUAGUGGCGAAGAAUACGACAACAGCGAUCACUGGAAGGCGCUAACCGACCAGUUACUAGAGGAUGAUGACCAAGAGGUUCUGCCUAGAAAUGGUGACCUUUGUCUUCCUCAAAUGAUGUCGAAAAAACUAAAGAUACACAGAAAAGUUGAAAAGACUUCUUUGCAAAAAACUAUUAAAUCCAAACAAAAGACCCUUGAUCAGACGUUAAGCGAACACGAUAUGGAAAAGCUCGUUACUAAAUACCGAGAAGGUUAUCAAGAAGACGAUCAAUCACCCAUAGAUAUCAGUAAAUAUCUUGAAGACGAUGAAGAAGAAGAAAAGGCUGAUAUAAAUUCAAUUGACUUCACUUAUGGACUUAUAGACUCUACGAAUGAAUAUGAGUUUGAUGUUCCUAGUAACCCGGUAACACAAUCCGACCACAACACUACCGAAACGCCGUUUGUCAAACUAGAGGAUGAAAAGUUUGAAUUUGAGUCACCCAACGCUGUACCUAAGAAAGCAUCCUCCCAUAUGUCUAAUACGUCAUCUGCAACCUACCUUAAAGUUGAGACACCUGUUGAAAAAGUUGAAAUUAAUGGCAAUUUGUUAGACACUGGUUAUUUAAGCGAUACCUUAGUGUCUGAGGAGUGUGGCGAUAAGGAAAGUAAUUUAUUUUAUUGGUUUGAUGUCAAGGAACAACCUUAUUUGUUAUCAGUGGACCCCGGAUCGUUGUUUCUCUUUGGAAAAAUACUACUUAAAGAAAAUGGUAAGUCACAGUUUUGCUCUUGUUGUGUACGUGUACAAAACGUGAAUCGCUGUGUUUUUCUUCUUCCUAAAUUGGGCUCUUCCAGGGAAGAUGUAGUGGCAGAAAUCAAUGAUAUUUGCCGAAGCCAGGGAAUUGAGCAGCGGCGAAUAAAAUUUAUCGAGCGUUAUUAUGCCUUCGAGAUUCCUGGUAUUCCACAUGAAAGGACAACUUGGGUUAAACUUCGCUAUCCUGGUCGAUAUCCACCAUUUCCAGUUAAGAAAGAACUUUUGCAUAUCAGCGCAAUUAUUGGAGCCUCAACAUCGUUGCUUGAACUUUUUAUCAUCAAGCGGAAGCUAAAGGGCCCCUGUUUCUUGCGUAUUUUUGAUCUCAACACAGCGUUGAAUCGGAUGACCCAUUGUAAGGUUGAAUACACUGUCGACUCACCGAAAAAAAUUCGAGUAGAAGAAGUAUCCAAAGUAAUACCACCUUUUACAUUAGCUAGCAUUCAAAUUCAUGCUCAGUUGGAUAGUCGAGGGGCAACAAAUGAAGUAUUUGCAGCAACAUUAGCUAUCUACCGCAACAUUAAUAUCGAAAAUUCGGUACGGGGUCAACCCGGGAAUAUUCUUACGGGUGUCCGGGCAUUAUCUCCUGACAAGCCAUUACCACUUGAUUUUGAAACAUUUUGUAGCAAUAAAGGCCUUAUUGGAGUUCACCGUUUCAAUAAUGAACGACAACUUUUAAUCUGGAUUGCUAACACGAUAAAUUCAGUCGACGCCGAUAUCCUUAUUGGACACAAUUUCAUUGGUUUUACGUUGGACACACUUUUGCGGCGCUUUCAGGACUUGAAUGUGCCUAAUUGGUCUGCCAUCGGCCGGCUUCAGUUGAAUCGCUUUAUCCGUCAACAAAACCUCAAUUUAAAUCAAGAAAAAGAAUUUUGUGUCGGAAGACUCGUUGCCGAUUCUUACCUUCUUGCUCGUGAGUAUUUCAAAACGGUCAAUUAUGGAUUACUCUCUUUAGCUGAUGAGAUGAAACUGAAGGGUAUCACGAAGGGAAGGGGUAGCUUUGAACCAGGGACUACUAUUUUAACCCCAGAGAUGCUUUCAUCGUCUGAAAAUAUAUUCGAGAUCUUGAUUCAGCUCUGUAAUAGUGCUGUUCUCUCUGCUACAGUAGUAUUUCAUCUUGAUGCCCUGCGCUUAACAAAGCGUUUGACGAAUAUAGCUGGUAAUCUAUGGAGCCGAACAUUGUACGGCGCACGCUCCGAGCGUAUUGAAUAUCUCUUACUACAUGCCUUUCAUGACCUUAAGUUUAUUACCCCGGACAAGAAGACAUUCGAUUUUAAACGUCAAAGGGAUGACGAAGAGCCGGAGGAAUCCAAACGAAGGUCCAAGUACCAAGGUGGUAUGGUGCUUGACCCGAAAUGUGGGUUGUAUUCCGACUAUAUUCUUCUUCUCGAUUUCAACUCUCUAUACCCGUCCCUCAUUCAAGAAUUUAAUAUUUGUUUUACGACUGUGGAUCGAGAGGGUAAUGAGGAUGUUGAGAUCCCACCACCCGAUAAUUUAAUUUGCGCCGCCUGCGCCGCUGAUGGACAGCCGUUCCCUUGUCCUCACAAGUGCGUUUUGCCUAAGGUCAUCAAAAGGCUUGUGGAUAGCCGUCGUGAGGUUAAACGUCUUAUGAAGUCGGAGAAGAAUGAGGGCAGCUUGGCGCUAUUGGAGAUUCGUCAGAAAGCUUUAAAGCUGAUCGCCAACAGCAUGUACGGUUGUCUUGGAUUCGAGCAUUCACGUUUUUUUGCUCAGAAACUCGCAGAGUUGGUCACCCGUCAGGGUCGGCUUGCCCUGCAGGGCACCGUCGACUUGAUUCCGCAGAUCAACCCCUCCCUGCGGGUUAUUUAUGGCGAUACCGAUUCCGUUAUGAUUCAGACCGGCAUUAAGGACGACAUAAAAUCGGUGCGUGAGAUCGGCUAUGUGCUGAGGUCCAAAAUCAAUAAGCGCUACCAGAGCCUUGAGAUCGACAUUGAUGGUGUUUUUCGCGCGAUUUUGCUCUUAAAGAAGAAGAAAUACGCCUCCUUGUCUGUCGUGGAUUGGCAGGAGGAGGGUAAGACAUAUAAAAAGGAGGUUAAAGGCUUGGAUAUGGUGCGCCGGGAUUGGUGUCCGUUAUCGAAAAAAGUGAGCGACACCGUUCUGAAUCGCAUCUUGUACGCCACCGCUUGCGAGGAUAUUAUCGAUUACAUUGUGAAAUACGUGCAGGAGGUGUCCGAGCACGUGCGGUUGGGGGAUCGCUUUACGCUGGAGGAUUUCGUCAUUUCGAAGAGCCUGACGAAGGAGCUGGAAUCCUACCAGGCCGGGCGUCUUCCGCAUGUUGCCGUGGCGUGGCGAAUGCGGCAGCGAAAAGAGCUGGUCCAGGUGGGGUCCAUCAUCCCCUACGUUAUCUGCGAAGGGGAAAAAUCGGGCGGGGAGCCCUACCACGUCGAGGAGGUCCGACGCGAUCGAAACUUACGAAUUCACGCCGAGUGGUACCUGACCUCCCAAAUCUACCCCCCUGUGAAGCGUUUGUGCGAGCAUAUUCAGGGCUUUACUAGCACCCAACUCGGCCAGGCCAUGGGGAUAGCGGUGCAGGCAGCCGCCCCCCAAUACGACGAUCCCAUCGCCAAUGAGGUGGAUGACUUCUCGCAUUGCGCAAUGUUCAAGAAUUACCACCUGUCCGAAUCUUUUCCGAAUGUCGUGCGGUUCCAGGUAAAAUGCCAUUGCUGUUAUUCCGAAGUCACCAUUGAUCCCCACACGCGAGUGCUGAAGUUUUUGGAGACAACCCACGACUCCAGGGCGCCUUUUUUCCUGUAUGUGUGCACAAACUGCGAGAGCCCUCUGAAUUACAAAUCCCUUGUGAACUAUUUCAAUCAACUCUGCUUUACACUGCUGCGGGAGUUUUACCAGUCCGGUGGGACCGUCGCAGCCGUGCGUGCGAUUCGCGUUCAGUUUACCUAUUUCCUAGCGCUGUUUGGGAUUCCGCACUACCCCGCGUGUUCGUCGAGGGUGGAGCAAUGCCAUCGCACACAGGCUCGCCGGUGCCUGGGUAAGGGUGGAAAGAUAUACACCAUGAAGGAAGCCGACAACCCGAACAUAAAAGACGAAUUCGAACCCGAAGACCUACUUUAUAACACCGCGGAAACAUUUUACAAGCGAAUUGACCAUCUUUUCGUGAAUUUGGGACACAUCUUUGGAAAGUAG